GGAGAACAUGAGGGGGUGUUGAGGAGGAGGGGAGAGUCUGGGAGAAACAACUUAAGACAGUCAGAGCAGAAGACUACCAAGUAGACGGUGAGAGCCGACAGAGUGGGAACAAGAGAGAACAAACACUAGAAACAUCCACCACCAUCAAACAGAGAUGAAGUCACUGUACAGGAACCUGGCCGUGCUUCUCCUUUAUCUGAGUGCCUCGCCUCUCCUCCACUCCCACCUCUUUACUCACGCUGCCUCCACUUCCCCUCCCGCCACUCGUCCUCGGAUCAUAUACAUGACUGGCUUGGACUAUGAAGAUGAGGAGUACUUAAACAACCACAACCAUUCUACUGAAGUGGUGCACUCCGUGAAGAAUACCUUCCUUCACCAGGCACCCCAGCUCUGCCAAUAUGACCCCUGCUUGGAGAAUCAGGAGCCCUGUGACCAGAUUUCAGCAAAGACUGGGUGCCUCUGUCCUGGGGUCAGCGGGGCGGAUGAGCCUCCUCAUGCACCACGCAUCCAAGUGCUGCUGCUAAUCAGUAAAGGGGAUAACAUAGGGAAAAUAGAGGUCCAAUGGUGUGCUCCAUCUUCUGUGGUGUCUGGGUACAGAGUGGUGAUACAGGGAAGUGAAGCCCUGGAGUUUGGGAACGUUUCUCGACGAGGUUUGGUCGGAUCUUUGGAAGUUGGGACUAUGGUGUGUGUGGAGGCGGUGAACAGUGUAGGAUACAGUACCCCCUCAGAUUUCUCUUGUAAGCGGUAUGACUCUCCUAAAUCUUCUGACCAUAAACUGUUGGCUGGGGUUAUAGGUGGAGGGGUCGCCCUCCUUCUACUUCUGAUCAUAACAGCUGUGAUCCUGUGGAAGCAUCAAAUGCGUAAAAAGGCAAAAAGAGACUCUGCUGAUGGACUAGGUAACCCAUCUUACAGCACAGAGGGGACUCUGUGAUCCAGACAACACAGACAAUCCAUUCCAGUCACACCGAACAGGCCCCUGGAGCCCGGGAGCGCAGCAACGGUGUAACCAUGAACCAUGAACAAUGGUUACACCGUGGUGUUGUGAUGUGGUGUUAUAAUUGAUUAUAGAAUUAAGAAGUUGUUUACACUCCUGUUUCAAGGAAUAUGUAAACAUAUUGGGAAAAAGAGGAAUGAAACUAACAAGUUACUAUUUUUUUAGUUUGUUGUUAGAACUACAGGUUUAUUUGCUGGCAAAUUAAACUUUGUAGGUUUAUUGUAAUGUUAUUUUAUCUUAUCAUGGCUGAAAUUAAUUGUAAAUAUAAGAUACAGUAGAUACUGACUUUUGUAAUAAACUAAAACUUAUUUUAAUAAAAAACUGUGUAAAGGU